AUGUCUUCUAGCGUUGGUCCCAAUUGUACCGAACUCAAGCAAAAAUACGACAAUUGCUUCAACAAAUGGUACUCGGAAAAGUUUUUAAAAGGUGAUACCACGCCUGAAUGCGAAGAACUCUUUAAAGAUUAUAGAGCAUGUGUUAUGUCUACCUUGAAGGACAAAGGCAUUGACAAGUUACUAGAUGAUUCUCGCAAAGAAGCACCAUUUCCUUCAACUGACCAAAAGCAAGAAAAUACAGAAAAGGCUGCAUAA